UAAAGUUCUUUGAAUGUGUUGAAGUCACAUGAUCGGUGUAUGAUCAGCUGACAGGAAGAGCUUGCUUUGCUGACGAUAUGAGGUUCCGUUUCUGCGGUGACUUGGAUUGCCCUGAUUGGGUUCUGGCAGAGAUCAGCACGUUGGCUAAAAUAUCCUCUGUUAAGCUAAAGCUGAUCUGUGCCCAGGUACUGAAAGAACAACUGGGAGAAGCCAUUGAUUAUGAAAAAAUUUUGAAGCUGACAUCUGAUGCUCGUUUUGAGUCCGGUGACAUUAAAGCAACCAUUGCUGUACUUUGUUUUAUUCUUUCAAGUGCAGCCAAACACAAUGUUAGCAGUGACAAUCUGUCAAGUGAGCUUCAGCAACUGGGGCUCCCCAAAGAACAUGCUGUCUCCCUCUGUCGCUCUUAUGAAGAAAAGCAGACGGCUUUACAAGAGACCUUGAGGGAGAGUAGCCUGCGCUUAUCACACUUAUCUUCAGCAAGCUGGCGUGUAGACCAGACCCUUAGCUCCAGUGUUCUCCAGGAAGUCAAUGAGCCCUUGGUCCACCUCAAUCUCCAUGUGGCAGAUGCUAGAUACUCCAGUCCAGUUGCUAUAACUGUGUCUUCCAGUAAAUUAAGGGUAUUACUAACAGAAUUAAAACAAGCCCUCGAAAUGAUGAAUGCCAUCGACUGAAACUGAUGACCUUUGUCAGCUCUGCUAUCUAGCUGAAGAUCUUCAUAAGAGACUAAAACAUCUUUGAUAAAUUAGCCU